AUGGUAGCUGAAGGUCUUGACGCAAUACCUUUAAAAGAUGUUAUAGCCCAAUUGAAGGGAUUAGGGUUUGAUUGUGUUAGAUACACAUGGGCAACAUAUAUGUUCACACGUUACUCAAAUUAUAAAGUUGGAGAAAAUUUGGACAAAUUGAAUCUCACUAGUUCUAGGUUAGGAAUUGGAAAUUUUAACCCAUCUUUGGAGAGCAUUACUGUUGUGGAAGCCUUUGAUUUUGUGGUUGAUGAAUUUGGAAAACAAGGUAUGAUGGUUUUGGCUGAUAAUCAUGUUAGUGAUCCUAAAUGGUGUUGUGACAAUAAUGAUGGAAAUGGAUGUUUUGGUGACCAAUAUUUUAACCUAGAAGAAUGGUUACAAGGACUUUCCAAUGUGGCCAACCGUGUCAAAGGAAAACCUCAGAUUGUGGCAGUAGGGUUGAGAAAUGAACUACGAGGUCCAGGUCAAAACAAUGACAAUUGGUACAAAUACAUGAGCCAAGGAGUAACAACAGUCCACAAAGCAAAUCCAAAUGUUCUAGUUUUUGUUUCUGGCUUAAAUUAUGACACUGAUUUAAGCUUCUUGAAGACAAAGCCUCUAAAUGUUAACAUAGGAGACAAAUUGGUGUAUGAAGCAGGGUUUCUCAUGAGUGGUUCUAACCCUAAUCCAUUGGUUAUGACUGAAUUUGGUAUGGACAUGGAAAAUAUAGAUGACCAAAAUCAGAGAUAUUUGUCAUGUAUUUUGGCUUAUCUUGGUGGAGUGGAUUUAGAUUGGGCUUUGUGGGCUGCACAAGGUUCUUACUAUAUUAGAGAAAAAGAAAAUAUUGUGAGGGAACAUUAUGGUUUAUGGAGUAUUGAUUUUAGUUCACUUCGAUAUCAAGAAUUCCCUCAAAGGUUUCAACUUUUGCAGAAGAAGCUUCUAGAACCAAGCUCAAAUUCAAGCAAGUCCUACAUAAUAUAUCAUCCAUUAAGUGGACAAUGUGUGAAAGUGAAUAGUAACAAUGAACUUGAAUUGGGUCAUUGUGAGUGGGCAAGUAAAUGGAAUCAAGAAGGGCAACAUAUCAAAUUGGUUGGCAAUGGUACAUACAUAGAAGCAAAUAGUGAUGGAUCAAAAGUGAAGCUCUCAAAAGAUUGCAAAAGCAAGCAAAGUUUUUGGAAAACAUUAUCGACUAGUCAGUGGUACUAUCGACUAGUCAGUGGUUUCAACUAG